UUCUGGGUUUUGUAGUCUAUCGCUGGCAGACCAGACCACCUGCUCUUUUAAAAGUCUUGAGUAAUAUACUUCCAGAUGAUAUAUUGGGGGUGGGACAGACUUUAGCUGUGAGACUGGCCUGUGAACUCUCACAGGCAGUCAAUAGCCUGUUCCUUUCCCCUGCUAUGCCCCCUACCUCCACCCCUUUCCGGACUCUUUGCAGGAGUGUGCACAGCUUUUGCAGAUCACUGUGGAAGGCGCACAGGGAAUGCCCAAGAGUUUGACUUGCAGUAACAAUGUAACGGACUAUUUUCAUACUUAAUCUAUCUACCAAACCAAGCUGAUAUACAGUGGAUGUUUUUGUCAGCCCUUGGUUACGUUUUGUUUGGAUGAAACUUACACAAGUCAUGGCUCAAGGUUUCAGUGAGCGCCUUUUCCUGGAGCGCAGAUUACGCACGGCUGUUUUGGCACUGCUGCUUUGCGCACAGGCAGGAUUUAGUUUCUCUGUUGCCGGACAGCAUGAGAGCACCUGUGAGGCCAACGGUAGUAUAUACUACGUGGGUGAAUGGUAUUUUCUGGACUCUGAUCACUGUACCCAAUGUGAGUGUACCGCUGAAGGCUCUGCGUGUGCCCGCACUGAGUGCACUUCCCUCCCGGCUGCAUGCAUCCAUGUCAGCCACUACCCCACCGACUGCUGCCCCAGGUGUGAGAAGAUAGGCUGUGAGUACCGAGGGGUGGUGUACGAACUCGGACAAAACUUCCAGCCAUCAGAGUGUGAGCAGUGUACCUGUGACACUGAUGGCAUCGCUCGCUGUCUGGUUGCAGAUUGCGCCCCUCCUCCAUGUGUCAACCCUGUCUACCAGCCAGGAAAAUGCUGUCCUGAGUGCAGGGAGGGUCCAAACUGCUACGUUGAUUCUUCCCGCAGUCAGGUGAUUCCAGCGGGAGAUCCCGUCUGGGUCGACUCCUGCACCAAGUGUCGUUGCCAUGACGGCCAGGAUGCAGGCUACUGGGAGGGAAACCGUCUCGCCACCUGUUCCCGUCUAAAAAACUGCACACCGGAACAAUCGUCCAUCCAGCAGAACUGAUUCAGCAGAGACCCAUCUGUUACCCAGAAAGAAAAAAAAAAAGAAAUACACAAACCUGAUAGCAAAUCAGCUAUACAUCUUCUAAUGCUGUAUCCUCCCUGUACCGUUGAGUAUUUCAGCAGUAAAGCCAGACACAAAAGGUUAUCUGAAACUAUGAAAAAUCUGCAGCGGAACAGACGCAUACAAAAGCCUUGAGAAGACAUUUUAAAAACACCAAAACCCGUCGGAACUGAUAAGCUGUAAUUUCACAAGGGUGAUACACCCUGCAAUACUGAUGAGACAUUGGAGGACAUUACAGGGCUUCUAUUAGACCUUAUUUGUUUUGAAUAUUACAAAUAAGUACAAGAUGGUGUUAAGAAGAACAGAUAAGACAUAAGAGAAUACAGAUUGUUAUAGAAAGCGAUAUAAAUUAAGGCAGGGGUAUUAGAAGAGAAAACAUGACUGAAACUCUGCAAUUAACUUACCAGGACCUUAAAUACCUGCAGUUUAUGUCCGACAGAAGAACCCAAUUAAAACAAUCUCAGGCCAGUUAAAGCAAACCUGACCCUCAUGACUCCACUCCUGACAGUUACCCUUUUUACAUUUUAAGGUUGACUUGGCUGGACUUAGUGUGUUUAUUUAGAGAGAAAUUAUUGUAUUUUGUUUGACUUAUGCUUUGACAAACAAGUACCAACACAACAAAGCCAAUGAGAUUAUUGGAUGAUAAGAAAUUGUAAUUGACCUGUCACACGGUUGAUGCAAUACCAAAAACAUAUGCACGGCCGUGAUGCAAUUUAGACGAGGAAAUGGCUUAGCAAAGCAAUAAACUUUUUGUAACUGUUCCAUAAAUUCCGCAGCUCAAUUUCCAUGCUAAUUGAAAUAUAAUGUAUGUGACUGUGGCUGAACAUACGACUACAGUAGUUGUAGACACAGGCAAUAUUUGAGAACGCUGUUUCAUUUAAUGGAAUGUUAUUUGUGCGUGUACACUGUAGAGCGGGAAAACAACCUGUAAUUUACUGCUUUAUUAGUUUCUACCAGACGGACCGUGAAGGCUUUUAUACAAGUUUUUUUUUUUUUCUUUGUUUUCAAACUCAAUUG